AGAAAGGAAGCCGUAGAAAAUUCAGUCACGCCGCGUCCCGUUUUCCUCUUUCCCUCGAUCGAUGCUCGGCGACAAUCUCCGAGGUUCGACAAAGAGCCCGCGCGCCACGUUUCCGAGAAGGAUCCCCCGUUCACCGCUUCCGUUCGUCGCGAAGCGUUGCUUACAUACAUCCACGCGAUCCGUAUCCGUAUGAAUUCAGUUAUGCGAGCGGCCGAUACAUAUUCAUGGCGGAAUUCAUUUGCUGGGAACCACGAGGAGGGCAGCGUCUCAUCACACCGCGCCGCGCCAGUCCACUCCUUUUCUUCCUCGCACUGUUUGUCUUCGGGGACUCGCGUUACGCUCUAUUCAUUGUCGUUUCAACGCUGGAUCAGCAUACAUCGCGGCAUCCCUAUCGGUAUACCGCGUAUGUGACGCGUAUUUAGCAAUCGAUCUUGAGGGGGGGCGGACGACGGACCGCCCAGUCGACCAUGGAAUAAAACAUGAGGAAAGAGUUUUUCUUUCGUAUAUUACACCACACCUCCAAUUGUUUCCGCGACGUGACAGCGUAUCUUCAAGACCAAAUUCGUCGAUGUAUUUCGGACAACAAAAAUGAAAUUCGCAUUGGUAUUAUUGGCCUUCGUGGCUGCGGCCUCCGCCAAAAUCGAGAUCCCGAAUUUUGGCAGAGGUGAGCUCCACAAGGACAUCCAAGAGUUUUUGGACCUCAUGCCUGUCGAAAAGAUCCUCGAAAUCACUGUUCAAUACUAUACUCAAGAUACGGAGUUCCAGAACAUGAUCAAAUACCUCCAAUCUGAAGGAUUUAAGCAGCUGGUCAAAGAUGUAGAAGCUCUACCCGAGAUUAAAGUUCUGAUGGAUUACAUCCACAAUGCCGGCAUUGACAUUUACAAGAUGGUGAACAUGUUCAACUCUGCUCUCGGUCUGCCACCUCUAACCCCACCCUCUUAUGCCAUCGGCGUACAAAUCACCGGUGGACUUAAGGGAUACGUGCAGGAUAUCUUAGCCAUCUUGCCGAAACAGCAGCUUCAGGAUUUGUACAAAAAGAAGUUGGAGACCUCCAAGGCAUUCGCCGACUUCAUCAAGCAACUGGAGUCCGACAACUUCCAACAGAUCGUCAACAAGGUUUACGCCCACCCCAAAUUCCAGGAGCUCUUGACACACGCUAAGAAUGCCGGCAUUGAUCUCAUGGUCAUCAAGAACUUGCUGGAGAUUCUCUGGGGUAUCAAGGUUCCCUCAUAGAUUAGAUACAACAUCAAUGUUACGGUCAAAAGUGAUUUCUUUUCCAUCACCACAAACGCAAAUGGCCUUUUCAAAAUCAUCUGUCGCCUCAAAAAUAUUAUGGACUAUCCGGUCACAUAAUCUUGUAUACUUUAUUUGUAUAAAAUAAUAAAUGAUUUCAUUGUAUGCAUCGCGUUAUAUUUGUCUCCUUGCCCGAAAUUCCGGCAGUUCCUAUUCCAUACAAUUCUUCUUAGUUUACUGUGUGCGUAAUCAAAGAUUACAUUGGACAAUUCAAAUAACUCGACCAUUCAUAACGCGUGGCGCGUAUUUUUUUUCGCGUUGUUCCGAACCGUUCUCACCCGAUCAGGCCAAACAAGAUAAGCGAGAUUAUGCUGAUUGGACCAACCGACCUGUCAAACUCGUUUUCGCGUGAUCGCAACGGCAUAAUGGGGGAGAUUGGGAGUCCUCUUCUUCCUACUCUUAUACAAUUAUCCGAUUCUUGCUCCUACUAAACGUAAGAUUUAGAUUUCUUAUUUCGUAACAAAGAUUGCGCCUAAUAACUGAUAUAAGAUUUAGCAUACGUUGAGUAAUAUAAUAUUAGCCAAACAUUUACUAAUUUAGCUUUGCGUAACUCUUCGUGGAAAUGCUUACAAAUAUAUUAUUAAGUUUUCAUUUAUUAUACACUACUGACUAAACUACACUGCGUUGAUCUACGUGAAAUAUAAUCGAGUUAUUAGUUUAGUUAAUUGAGGAAUUAACAAAGUGACACUGAAAACCUACGUUUAUUGUCAAAGUGAUUAAAU